AUGUCUUUCACAGGUAUCUUAAAAGCAAAAUAUGAUACAAGCUUUUCUCAGUCCCCUGGAAUUGAGAUACUUGUAAGUUCUAUUAAGGUAAAACGUCAGCCAAAAAUCUCUGAACUUACAGUUGUGAGUCUUAAAAAAACCAAUCUUUCGUCAACAUUCCGGCCUGGCCUAAUAUCCUCGACUUGCCCGAACAUAAAAGAACUUGAUAUUUCAUAUACAAAAAUAACAGACUGAAACGUGAUAUUGCAAAUCUGUAGAGAGCUGCCAGUAAGACUCACUUAGGAUUUAGAAUUUUUAGAUCUCAGUUCUAUAGCAUUUGACUUAAAUACGUUUCCUGAAAAUUCAGUAGAAAAUUUCCCGCAAUUGAAAAGCUUAGUUUUAAUCAACAUGAGAAUUAGUUUCAAUCAUUUACAAACCAUAGCACAAACCUUCCCAGGAAUAAUUUCCUUUGUACUGUGUGACAUUCGUGAAGAUUUCACCCCUAUUUUUCAAUCAUGUUUUCAAAAUCUCAGAACCUUGAACUUGCAUAACGCUUGUAUCAAUGAUUUUUUACAAAUUUUAAACUUAGAAAACCUUAAAAAUUUGUCAGAAUUGAUAGCGAGCUCAAACCCAAUCUAUAAAAUUCCUAUUUUUACUACGACAGGUUUCGAAAGUCUUAAGCUUCUAAAUUUAGAAGAAACAGAAAUCGAUGAUCUUGAAUCUAUAAAUAACCUUAACACUUUUCCAGCUCUAAAAGAGUUAAGGAUUGGAAAUACUCCUUUAGCAGCAAGAUUUAAAGACCGCUUCAGACAAAUUUUAAUUGCAUAUCUCCCAAACAGUGAUUGCAUCAAUGGAGGGGCAGUUGAUUCGGCUGAGCGUACAACUGCAGAAAGAAGCUUUGUCAGAGAAUUUUCAGAUCCUGAAGAAUAUGAUAAACAUAUUGAUUUUCAAGCUGAAAAUAGUUUGGCAAGCUCACUUAUCCCAGUCGAAUAUGAAUGCAAUAUACAACUUUUUAACAGGUUGUUCGAAAAGCAUGGAGUAGUUCACAAAUUUGCUGACUCCCCCCCCAUCCUUGAUCGAACGAUUGACUGUAAAAAUUCCUAAAAUUGGGGAAAUUAACCGCCAUCCUUGAUCGAACGAUUUUCAUAUCAUGCAAAUUUUUAUAUAUAUAAAAAUAUAUUAGUUUUCAAAAGCUUGGGAAGAUGUACAUAAUAAAGUUGUUUUCAGAGCUUUAAGACGACAAAAAGCUGCGGAAUCAACCAUCAGAAGUGAUUUAGCCAUCAACCUAGGCUUAAAAACUCAAUAAUCUAAUAAAAGAGAGAUUCUUUAAAAUUUUAAAAAAAAAAAUUUAAUUUAAUAAGGAACAAAUUAAAAUUUAUACGGUUUAAAAAGGGUAACUAAUAAAUCAAAAUAUUAAAAAUUGGUAUUUUAUGAAAUUAAUUAAAUUUUUUGCUGUAAAAAUAAUUAUUAAAUACUCUUAACCUUCUUAUUUAAAAGUAAAACAAAAAAAUAUAUAUAUAUAUAUAGUUUUUUUUCCCAAAACAAUUUUUUUUAACCCCCAUCCUUGAUCGAACGAUGGCGAGUUGUUCGAUCAAGUAUGGGGGGGAGUGAGGUAAAUUUGGCGCCUCCAACUGAAGUUUUGCUCCACUUUCAAUUAAAAAAUGGCAAAAGAUCUGAAGAUACAGUGGUUCCUUUGAACUGAACAGUCCUCGAUUUAAAGCAUUUUAUUGAAAAGUUAUUUAAGAUCCCCGUUCGUAAGCAGAAAAUUUACCACGGCGACUGAGAGUUAUUGCACGUAUAUGGGUUUAAGUUCUUGAGAUAUGAUGAAAAACUAUUGUAUGAAAUUAAGAAAAUCAAAGAUAAAGACAUUAUUAUGAUUGACCGGUAUAACUAA